AUGACGACACUGAGAAAUCCAGGCUCGCAAGGCUACGUGCCCCUGGCCGACGCUUCACCCGAGAGCACUGAGGAGCAUGUAGUUUUUGAGCCAGUCAAAACAUGGAAAGGAUACAUAUGGGAUACCUGGGAGCUACCACAGGAUCAGAGGCGUUUACUCUUCAAGGUCGAUGCCUUCAUCCUGACCUUCGCAUCAAUAGGAUAUUUCCUCAAGAACAUCGACCAGACCAACAUCAAUAACGCGUUUCUAAGCGGCAUGCAGGAGGACCUGGAGAUGUUUGGAAAUCAGCUUGUGACUACCACUUCGAUAUGGACAUUUGGCUAUGUCAUCGGACAGAUACCAUCGAAUCUACUACUGACUCGAGUUUCACCACGAUGGGUUAUUCCAUCGCUUGAAGUGGGAUGGGGUAUAGCAACCAUCUGCUUCUUCGAGUCAGGCUUCUAUCCCGGAAUUCAUUAUAUGCUCGGUUCCUGGUAUACGCCGAGAGAGAUUGGAAAGCGGGCCAUGCUAUUCUGGCUGGCUGGAUCGGUUGGUUCCAUGUUCAGUGGCUUUCUUCAAGGAGCUGCAUAUACAAAUCUCAAUGGCGUUCACGGACGUGCAGGCUGGCGUUGGUUGUUCAUCAUCGACGGCCUCAUUACCAUCCCACUGGCGAUUGCCGGAUACUUCUUCUUUCCGAAUCUACCGCAAGAUGGCGAGAGAACUUGGUGGACAACUGAAGAGGAACAUAUUCUGUCAGUCAAAAGGAUGCAGGCAAUUGGCCGCGCAGGCAAGCAGCCUUGGACAAAAGACAGGGUCAAGAAGGUUUUGUCUAGCUGGCACACUUACCAUCUUCCGUUGCUGUACAUUCUUUGGAACAAUGGCAACCCGCAGGCCGCUAUGGGUUACUGGUUGAAAAGCUUCAACGGCCAGCCUCCUCCGGUCCCCGGGACCUCGUUCACUGUUCCUGAGAUCAACAACUUACCUAUCCCAAGCACAGCAAUAUUCCUUGUCAUGGCCCUCACCUGGGGCUGGUUGUCAGACGGGCCUCUACAGGGAGCUCGUUGGCCCUUCAUAUAUGCUGGAGCAAUACUUAUCAUCAUCUUCAACAUCCUCCUGUUGAAUAUGCCACUCUACUCCAAUGUAGACGGAAGAAAGGUUGUCUACUGGCUCAGCAACAUUGGCCACGGUGCCGGUCCUCUGAUCCUCAGCUGGAUUAAUGAGAUAUGUUCUGCCGAUACGGAAAAGCGAGCCCUUAUCGUAGCUGUAGCCAACGAUUUAGCAUAUGUUCUACAGGCUGUCGUGCCCAUGUUUAUGUGGAAAACAACAGAUUUUCCCGCUGCGAGGAAGGGAUACACGUACUCCACCAUUUUGCAAGUACUGCUGAUUUUGGAGACUGCUUUUAUUCAGCUGUUAUUGUGGUGUGAUAGGCGUAGGCCCGUGAGGUCUCGUGGUGCCGAGUCGCCGCCUCCGCUCAUAUACUCGGAUGAGGAGGAGGGUGAAGAGGGCAACAAGCCUGGAGAGCCUCACUAUUCUCAUACUGAUUAG